AUUAUCCAUUGAUUGUUUGGCUUUUGUUCCUCGUCAAUCCACUUGUAUUCUCUGUUAACUUUGUUUUAUCAUCUAUACAUUUCUCAAAACCUUAAAAAAAAAAAAAAAAAAAAACCAGAGGGUAUUAGAAAGAACAGAGCAGCAGCAUUCUUUGUUCAUUUGUAUAAUUGUUGAUCAAUAUUUCACCGCAAAUCACAACAUGUUUGCGGACAAGGACCAGUCCAAUGUCAUCAAGGUGCUGAGGAAACAAAUUGCUGACUUGGAGGUCGAGAAAGAGAGUGUGAAGCGCUAUACUGAAGAUUUUCCCAAUAGCAAAACUGAAGAGCUCAAGAAAUGGUCGAAGAAAACAUCAGAGCUCAUUGAAAAAGCACACGAUUUGGUAGAAGAUGUUGGGAAACGUGGGAAGUCUCUUUUCCAACUUAGAAAGAAGGCGGAGCAGAUAUGCAAGGAUAUUGCUGCACAUGUUCAAGAAGCUCGUGGAUUCUCGGACUUCCCACUUUCCUACCGACAAGAGAAAGUGGCUGCUGAUCGUUUUGAGGACUUUGAAUCGAGAAGUGGUGUUUUGAAGGAUAUCAUGGAGGCACUACGAAGUCCUGGCAUCAACAAGAUAGGAGUGUACGGGAAGCCUGGUAUGGGGAAGACAAUGAUGGUUAGAGAAGUUAAAAGAAGAGCUGAGCAAGAGAGAUUGUUUGAUGCAGUGCUAGUGGCAACUGUGGGUAGGAAUCCAGACUUACCAAGAAUUCAAGAUGAAAUUGCACGUGUUUCUAAUGAACAAACAGGGCUUAUAGAAAAGAAGGUCCUCGUGAUUUUGGACGACUUAUGGGAGCCAGGAUUAUCUUUGGAGUUGCUUGGAAUAAAUGGGAAGGAAGGAAACAAUGUUGUAUCCUACAAACUUUUGCUGACCUCUAGAGCUAGAGAUGUUGUAUCUCUUCUAUCUGAAACACAAUUUGAAAUUGACAUAUUACGCUGGGAAGAAGCAUGGAAUCUGUUUAAGAAGACAGCUGAUGAUCCAGGAAAAAGUCGUGGUUUGCCGUUUUAUGCAGAGGAGAUUACAAAGAAGUGUAAGGAAUUGCCCAUUGCUGUUGCGACACUCGCAAAUGCCUUGAGAAGAAGGAAUCUGAUUGAGUGGAAGACUACUUUACGAAAGCUACAAAGCCUGCCCUUUGAUCAGCUGAAUUCAAGUCAGAUACCACAAAGCCUGUAUUCAGCUAUCGAGUUGCAUUGCAGUGGUUUGAAAAGCAACGAACUCCAACAAAUUUUCUUACUUUGCAGUCUACUGGGUCGGAAUGCAACCAUUCAAAACUUGUUGAAAUAUGGUAUAGGCUUGGGUUUAUUCCCAGGAGUCAAAUCUAUAGAGGAAGCACGAACUCAAUUGCUAAAUUCGGUGACUAAACUCACAGAUUCUUCUUUGUUGCUGGAUAGUGGUAGCAGUUUGUACUUCGAUAUGCACAAUCUUGUUCGAGAUUUUGCCACAUCGACUGUUUCUAAGGAGUAUGGCGUGUUGGCUUUAACAGAACACGCACCAAUCAACCGAUCACACAUGGAGGCGAUGGAGAGCAUCAAGUGGAUUUAUUUAUCAAAUGGGGACACCAGUCUGCUUCCAGAUGAGUUGAAAUGUCCGAAACUUACUUUCUUUCAUUUUUCUGAAAAGAAUCCUUCUCUAGCAAGUCCACCAAACUUGUUUAGGGAUAAGGAAGGACUCAAAGUUUUGAGUUUGUCCAAAGUGAAUUUUUUGUCCAUCCCUUCCUUAAUUUCCCCCCCAAAAAACCUUUGUACUUUGUGUCUGGAUCAAGUUGAGUUAGGAACCGCAAGUAUAGGCACAAUGAUGGGAGAGCUGGAGAAUUUGCAAGUCCUCAGCCUUGCAGGAUCUGAUAUCAAAGAGUUGCCAAAGCAAAUAGGGCAGCUAACCAAUCUGAAGUUGUUAGAUUUGAGUGAUUGUACCGAACUCAAAGUAAUUCCACCAGGUGUCUUGUCAAAUUUGUCAGGAUUAGAAGAACUAUAUAUGAGAAACAGCUUUGUUCAAUGGGCGGAGGGCAUUGAGGAGCAUGAAAAUCAAAAUGCUAGCCUAGCAGAGUUGCAGCCUUUAUUGUUGUUGACUUCUAUAGAGCUACAUGUUAUUUGCAAUAUUCAGAAGAUUCCGGGGGGCUUGUUCUCUGAAAAUUUGGCAAGAUUCAAAGUUUUCUUGGGAGACAGGUGGAACCACUGGAGUAGUUCAUGGGGAGUUUCAAAAUUAUUGAAGCUAAAGCCAGACGCAAGAAUUAGUUCUCACCACUCAGUUAGGAAGUUGCUAAAGAAGACAAAUGAACUACAUCUAGAAGGAUUGAUUGGUGUUAAAAAUGUAGUCAAUGAGUUAGAUAACGACGGUUUCCAAGAAUUGAAGUGUCUCUUUGUCCAAGAUGCUUUGGAGAUUCAACAUAUCAUCUCAGUGAAGCCUGCAUUUCCUGUAUUGGAGGUAUUAGUUCUUCGCAAUUUGGAAAAUAUGGAGAAAAUAUGUCAUGGUCCGCUGGAAGCAGCUUCUUUUAGAAAAUUGAGGUUGAUAACUAUUGAAUGUUGUAACAAGUUGAAGAAUUUGUUCUCCGCCUCUAUAGCCAGACAGCUUCAGCAACUACAAGAAAUUAGAGUGAAACACUGCAGUGACAUGGAAGAGAUUAUUGAUGACAAAGAGCAAGAGAGUUGGAAUAGUGCUGAAGAACGUGAAGGACAUAUUGUGGAAUUAAUUACUCUGCGAUCCUUGAAGUUACAACGUCUACCAAAGCUGAUUAGCUUCAACGGUAGUUGCAGGAACAUGACUUUUUUCAAUGAAAAGGUUGUGUUUUCAAAUUUAGAGGAAUUGCAAUUGUUCUCAAUUAUGAUUGAUAAUACCAUAUGGCACAAUUCAAUGACAUCUUGUAUCAAGAAAUUGACAAAGUUGAUCAUUCAUGGCUGUGACAAUUUAGAAUACCUAUUCUCAUUUUCUAUGGCAACAGGAUUGUGGAAGCUUAGACACCUGCAAGUAAAGAAAUGUCGAAGGAUGAGACAGAUUAUUGUGGCUAAUAAUUAUAAAGAAAAAAAAAUUUUAAUUUUUCCUCAAUUGACUUUUCUGGUGAUAGAAGACCUUCAAAACCUUUCUAGCUUUUGUGAAAGAUAUUGUAUUGUGGAAUUCUCAUCCUUAAUACAACUACGAAUAUUGAACUGCAUAAAUUUUGGGAGAUUCAUUAAAUUUUUUGCAAGGACAAAUGUCGCAUACGACACACCAUCAUCCUUGGGGGAAAAGGUUGUGUCUACCUCAGAGCUAGAGGAGUUGCAAUUGUGCUCGAUUGAGCGUAUUACCACCAUAUGGGACAUUUCGAUCAUAUCUUGUUUUGAGAAACUGACGAAAUUAAUUAUUCAUCACUGUAAAAAUCUGAAAUACCUACUCUCACCUUCGGAUGCAUCGGAUUCAGAAGGGAUGAUCCAACUCCUCCUUCCAAAACUAAAGAGAUUAGAAUUCGGAGAUUUGCCCCAAUAUCAUUCGUUUCCUUCCAAAUUAGUAGAAGGGCGUAUUAAAAGGUUAGAGUUGACCGAUAUUGAUGUAGAGAAUACUUGGGUGCCACCAUCCGUACAAGAAUUAGUUCUUAAUGGAUGCAACUACUUAAGAAGCUUAAAUGAUAUCUCUUCCACUAAAGACGCAGAAGAAUUGAAGUGCUGUAGGAUUCGGGACUGCAAUGGCGUGAAGUGUGUUUUUUCCUCGUCCAUAAAUCUACUGGCCCAAAAGCUUGAGGCUCUGGAUCUUUUUAGUUUGGAAAACUUGGAAGCCCUUUUUGAAGCAGAGGCAAGUACUAAGUCACCAAUACCACCUGACACUUUUUCAUCUCUUAAAACAAUAAGUGUUCGGCACUGUCAUAAAAUAAAGACGUUGUUCCCCUUUUGGAUGAAUCUCCAGAGUCUAGAAGAAAUUAACAUUGGAUAUUGCAAUCAGAUGGAAGAAAUAAUAGUAUGGGAUGCAGAAGGAGGAGGAAAAAAAGAAGGGGUCAUUCUUCCAAAAUUAAAAAGUUUGAAAUUGAAAGAAUUGCCCGCAUUGAAGAGCAUCUGUAGCAGGAGGGCAGUAAUGGUAUGUGAUUCUCUCGAAGAGAUUCAGAUCGUGAAUUGCCAGGGCCUUAGGAGGAUCCCUCUUUAUCUUCCCCUGCUUGAUAACGGACAACCAUCUCCUCCUCCUUUCCUCAAACAAAUCAAUGUAUGGCCACAAAAAUGGGGGGAAUCAUGGUGGGAAUCGUUGGAGUGGGACCAUCCCGAUGCAAAGGCUGUCCUUCUACGCUUCCGUAACUUCGAUUGGUGACAUCGAUGAAGAAGAUGAAGAAGAAAUCACCUAUUGUCACUCUGCAACAGUUCAUCUACACCAUGGCUCAUCUAAUCGAUGUGGAAAAGGAACCUGAGAUAUCCCCCUCUAUCUCUUCAGGGGCAUCAAGGAAUUUGGAUACUUCUCAAAAGAGGGGCUUCGCAAUUCUCAAUUUUUAGUGCAUUGUGAGUUGUAUCAUUUUCUGUAACUGUUUGGCACCCAUGAUGUAGUUGUAUUAAAACCAAACAUGGCUGAUUCAGGAGCUCUUCGACGAGGUGUAGUUUACUGGCUAAAGGUAAUUGUGAGUUUUGAAAGAUAUUUGGGCUACUAAGUUCAUUUUGUUUUUUCUAGUUAUGUGUGAUUCCCUUGAACUCUUCUGUUGCUGAUUUCAUGUGCAUAUUGAACAGGAUUCCUUAACCACUGUUGCUUUUGAUAACAUCCCAAAAGAAGAUUUAAAUAGUCCCUUCCGUCUAGAAAAUGUGUCAAACUAGGUUUGCUAUUAAAAUUCUUCAACAGCUUCUCUGCUUCUCAUGGUGGCUUUAAUUGUUGUACACACUUCUUCACAAGCCUGAAUGUAAUGGAACUAGUAUAGAAUUCUCA